AUGGAUGCCGAUGAUAGCUCCAAGAGAAGUCGCCCAGUUCGUCGUGCUGUGAAGAAGCUCAAGUUCAAACCGAAGGUGCCUCCACAGAAGCCAAAGAAACUGAGUGCACAAAAGCCACAGCAAGAAGACCCUAAGCCAAUUGAUGAAGAGUUGAUGAAGAUAUUGAGGACUCGCCAAGUGACUGCAAAAAGUUCACCAAAUACAGAAGAUGAGCGCCCAAUACAGAAUACCCCCUCGACACCACCUUCUGCAGAUGCUGUUAGCUUGUCACCAGCGCAAUUCGGAGUGCAAAAACAAAAUCAAUUGCCACUCCAAAUUCCUAGAUCCUUCCCUGUUCCUGUUAAUUCAGGAAUGCUUUACAAAGAAGAGAGUGAUGACGACGACGACGCUAAUGAUAGUGACAAUGUUGAGUUGCAGGAGACUCAGCCAGAUUCAAUUGAAUGUGAAGCUUUAACACGUCCAGCAGAGGAGCUUGAUUUGCUUCAGCAACAAGGUAGCAAAGAAAGAAUGUUCCUCUUCCAGCUCCCAAAAUCUCUUCCUUUGCCCAAAAGGCCGUCCAGUACCAGUAUAGUUGAAAGACAAGGAAAGGUCACUGGCAAGGAGGUGAAGGAAGGAUCCAACAUGCAGCAGCUGCCUCAGGGUUAUUUGGGCAAAAUGCUUGUAUACAAGAGUGGAAAGAUCAAAAUGAAGUUAGGAGAUAUCAUGUUUGAUGUGAGCCCAGGAGCAGAAACUAGGAUGGCGCAACAUGUAGUGGCUCUGAACACUCGAGACAAACAUUGUUGCUUACUUGGAGAGAUUGAGAAUCGGCAUGUUAUUGUGACUCCAGAUGUUGAUUCUUUGUUGAACGACAAGUAG